AUGGAGGCUCUUCAGGUGGUUUCGUCGGCUACCCAGAUCAUUUCCUGCAUGGUGGGAGCUGUUAGGGCACUGAAGGAAGCAUCCACAGCUAUUGAUGAGGCUCCAAACAGAGUUCAGAGCCUGGAGGUUUUCGCUUCCGAGCUCGAGAACCUGGCCAGGCAUGCCAAGCAGAAACAUGGCCACAAGCUCCAUAGCUCUAGGCUGGAGCAGCAGAUACAGAGCCUAACUGGACUCGUUGAGCGGCUGCACCCCAACAUUAGGAAGAUGAGGAGGAUCGUGUCCAAGAGCAAAAUGAAGAACAUGGCGAGGAUCUUUUGGUACUCUGUUGCCGGCGAUCCGUUCUCGAGAUUGAUCGACUUAAUUCACGCCGACUUGAACUGGUGGCUCGAGCUCCAGACGAUAUCAGAAAAUGUGCAGAGAGCUAUUGAUUCUACCGCAGACAGCGUCUCUCUUAUACACAGGAUCAAUGUCGAACAAGGGUACCCAGAAUCCAGCAAGUGUUUCCAUGUCCGAAGAUUACUAGAACAGGAGGAUUCCCGCCGGGUGAUCUUGAUUGUGGGUCUCUCCGGCAUUGGAAAAUCCUGUUUGGCCCGCCAAGUCGCUGCUGAUCCCCCAAAGGCGUUUGUCGAUGGUGCCGUCGAGCUUGUUUUCGGGCAGUGGUGCAGCAGAGCAUCCUCUCACGGGAGCAAAGCCGAGUACCACAAGCGCUUGUCCAAGAAAUUAUGUAGACUCCUGGUGAAGCUCGGUUUCAUGAAGGCCAGGGAAGCUCCGACUUUAGAUCUGGAAGACGUAUGGUACAUGCUUCAGGCGGCACUGGCUGGGAAGAGCAUCCUGCUGCUUCUUGAUGACGUUUGGGAGCAGGACAUUGUCGAAAGAUUCACAAAGCUGCAUGAUAAUCGCUGCAGAUACUUGGUAACAACGAGAAAUGAGGGAGUCUAUGAAAUCACAGAGGCUGAAAAGGUUGAGAUAUGCAAGGAUGAUGUCAUGGAGAUGAGCAAGGAGAUCCUCCUUUAUCACAGCCUGCUUUCCCGAGAAGAACUCCCGGUAUGAACUCCAGACUCCAUGGUACCAUUUGAUCUCGUCUAUCUUUGCCUCUAAUUUCUUCAUGAGUAAGUGGGUGGCAUUUAUCGCAAGAUCUGCCUCAAAAUUAUGGACUGAUACAUAAUCUAAUCUGGGAACACAGCAAUUGAUCCAAAUAUUCCAAAUUCACAGAGAGAACACAAACUUGAUCAUGAUUAUUCCUCGUUAAAUUUCUUGAUUUCGGAAAGUAGAUGGAUGAUCCCUCAAUCAGUCUGGGUUUCUCCAUCCGCAAUCCUUGUAGACAGAAGAAAAGAAAAAAAAAUGAAGAAACUGAGUCUCGUUCUGAACUUUACUCUUUCUUGUCAGGCUGUUGCAGAGGCCUUGCUGGACCGUUGUGGGCACCAUCCUCUCACCGUUGCUGUGAUGGGCAAAGCCCUGAGAAAAGAGACAAGUGCAGAUAAAUGGAAGAAAGCUAUUGGUAACCUUUCCACGUAUGCCACGUGUGCACCGGGGCCAGUUUCCUAUGUCAACGAGAAGGAAGCUGAGAACACAGUGACCAUCUUCGGAUCAUUUGAAUUUAGUUUGCAGGAUAUGCCAGAGGAUUCUCGGAGGCUUUUUAUGAUUCUAGCCGCCAUUUCAUGGGCCGAACCCGUGCCUGAAAUCUGCUUGGAGGUUCUCUGGUCUGCACUUGGGCAUGAGACCAUCUUCCCCCUGGUGGUCAGCAAGCUGGUUGAGGGCUCCCUUCUAAUAAAGACUAAUCCAGAGUACCAUGUCCAUGACAUGGUUGCUCUAUACCUUGAAGGCAAGGUGAACGGUGCAGUUGAAACCCUCCUGACAGGAUCCUCUGAUGAGGCUGCAGCAGCUGUCGCUCCGUGGCUUUUUGUUUUUGGUAAAGAUGAAGUGAAGAACUGUGCUGAGGAGAAGAUGAAGGUACUUAUUAGUUUAUCUCAUGAAAGGGAGGCCGUGGUCGCAUUAGAGUCGAUGGUUCAAGCUCUAAUGGCGAGCAAGUCCAUCUCUGAGUUAGAAGCUAGCAGGAAGAGCUUCAGCAGCAUGGUUGGCCCCAAGUUCGCCGAGUUCGUUUCCUCUGGUUCUCCAGCCACUGUUGCCGCGCUUGCUAAGGUCAUCAGAGACCUAUUUGCAAAGGAGGACUAUUACGAGUACGCUCAUUCCCUGGAGAACACAGAAGCCAUUGAUAAGCUGCUGGAACUGCUAAGAAGUUGCAGUGACCCAGCGACUCAAACCAGCUUAUUUCAUUUGGUUGCAAAGCUUGCCGAACAUGGGAGUUGCAGAACAAUCGGUAAGGUUCUGGUGAGUGUCCCCAUGGAUCAUCUUGCAGAACUGUUGUCGCCCAAUGCAGAACAAUGGCACGAUUCUGUUUUUGGGACCAUAAUGUCCUUCAUCAAAGCUGGGAAAUCUGAGGCAGUGCAGAUGAUGCUUGACUCAGGGAUUGACAGAGGCCUCAUUGAUCUUCUGGAACGGGGCUCAGAGGUUGCUCAGCACCACGCCAUAGCUGUUCUAAAAGCUUUCUACGAGAUGGGCGGGCUGCGCGGACGUUUCCAGGCCGGUCAGCUGAAUCUUCUUCCCUGGGAUGCAAGACUGAGCCUGGAGAGAUUCGUCUUGUCUGAUAGAUCCACAGCGGCAUCGCCAAGGCCUCAGACGGAGGAAGAGACCUUCGAUACGAUUGUAGGUGGAGACCGUAAGCAGAUCCUGAAGGCCAUGCAGGAUCUCAUUCCAAUCAUCGAGAAGGCUGGGAAUCCGAGAAUCCGGGAGAUGAUAUUACGCAGCCCCUUGGUAGAAAGUUUGGCAGACAUGUUGAGGAAUGUGAGUUCCGACCAGGAUAGGAUGGAAUCGGCCUUCCUGCUGACGACACUGGCUUGCUCAGGCGGAGAAUCAGUCCUGCAGAGGUUGCUCGAUCACGAUGUUGUUUCUGAGCUGGUGAAGAUGAUGAAUAGCCAGGUAGUGGACGUGCAGGAUUCAGCCUAUACGGCGCUCCAUCAGAUUCUGUUCUGUGGGGAAGAAAACAAGGUUCUGAAACAGAUCCUGAAGCCCGGCCAGAUGGAGAAGUUGGUUCAGUCUCUCAGCGGUAGAUCCUUCAAGACCAAGGAGCUGAGCAUGCUGCUGAUCCUCGAUUUAGUCGAAAUGGGAAACAAACCCUGCGUGGAGCGGAUGUUCGCCCUGCAGGUGGUGGAGAAGCUCGUCAACCUGGAGAAAUCAGGCGGCGUCUUCAGCGGUGUCCUCGUGAACUUCCUCAAGGGGCUCGACAAGUGCAAGAAUCUCUCUGCCGCCGAGAGGCAGGUGAUGAGGCAGCAGGUCGUCAAGAAAGUUAAGGCCUCCAUCAAGGGCCACAAGAUCGAAUCGAGAAUCAUCGCCGCAGUCGAGGAUUACCUUUCUGAUGGAUCCUGGGGUUCGAGCAGCAGCAGCCGCAGCUGCAGCCGCAGACCAAAGCGGUAG